AUGGAUCCUGCAACAAAAACUAUGGCUUGUAAAAUGAGUCUCUCGUCUACACCUUUUGUCGUUGAUCGAUCCAAUCCAAAUUUAGCAUCGUCGAAUUUCUAUCGUAGUUCAUCUGUUAAUUCUUCUGUAGCCAAUUCGAAUAAUUAUUAUUCUUAUCCUGACGUUGCACCACCAACAACAUCGUCAUUAAAUUAUACGGAUCUCCUUCGUGCGUGGAAUUAUCAUCGAUUUUUAACGUCAACAUUAACAACUGAUCAAUUGUCAGAUAAUUCUUCUAGUGAUUAUUAUUCACGUAAUGAUCCUCUUCAUCAAUAUUCUUCACGUGUGUUACCGAAACCUUCACAUCUACAAACCUAUGAUGAAACACUUUUGAAAAAAUUUCAUCGUGAUACAAUAGUUAAUUUAGACACAGGUGAAUCAAAAAAUAUUCAACAAUUAACAAAACAUGACUUUUUAAAAAGUGCAAAACAAAGUCGUCAAUAUUCAAGUCUUCUGGCACGAGUAGAUUAUAUUGGUUCUGUUGAUAAGUCAACUGGUAGAGUCGAACUACGCUUCUAUGUUGAUGAUAUCGGGAAAACGGCUUCUUGUUAUGUUCUGCAAGCUGUACCAUUUUUCGUUCAUCAAUAUUCAUGUUGGUCGUCUAUAUCACCUGAGCAUACACAUCAUAUGUGUGGUUUAAAAUGUCGUCAAUUAGAACGUGGUGAUAUAAUAAUAGCUAUUACUGAGCAACAACGAAAAUCUUCGUCAUCAUCGAAAAUCAAUGAUAAACCUGAAUUUAGUCAACAAUCGCCAAGAAAAUCUCCUCCUGGAAGAUAUAUGAACGGACAAACAUCCUCGUCAUCAAAUAAACGUUAUAAAGCAUCUAAUGAAUAA